AUGCAGAAACACAAGUUGGUAUUUGGAGUUGUUUUUAGUCGUGGUGGAAUUAUCCGAUGUGAAUUUGGUAAAGAACCAGUCUAUUUAAAACAGUUUAUUGAAAGAAUGCCGUUAAGUAGUACUGUAGGCACAAUUCAGGUAAGAGAUGAGAGUGUUUCUUAUGUAUCUGGAGUUAAGAAUGUAUAUCUAGUUGUGUAUAAGAACCGCGAAAUUGAAAGGGAAGUAGUUGACGUAUUAGAAAGGACUAAAGAAGAGAUGGAGAGUAGUAAAGAUGGCCGAAUUCCUGCUGGAAUCUUUAAAGAUGAAGAUAGUAUUGGUAAUGGUAGAGAUAGUAUUGGUAAUGGUAGAGAUAGUAUUGGUGUUAGUAGAGAUAGUAUUGGCAAUAGUAGUAUUAUGCGUAAUAGUAGAGAAGAAAAGGUAGAUGAAGAUUCAGAUCCAGAAGAAGAAAGUCCUGGGUGGGCGCAAUGGAGUCGGCCAAGAAGACUAAUGGAGUACUGGAGUGGUAAGCAGGUGAGUGAACGGGAUUUACGCGAUCAUUUACUGGGUAGGAAUGUUCCCAUGAAUUUAAGCCAAAAAAUAGCUAAGGAGACUUUGGAGUUUGCUAAGGAUGAUAUUAGUGACUUGACUGAAAAAGAUAAGAUUAGAAAAGGUCUUAAGAAAACAUUAGCACAAUUAGUGCCUAUCUUAUCUCCUGAAAGUAUUAUAAGUGAAAUAUCUCAACGUAAACAGAGCGGUAAAGGUCCUUAUGUUUUCUGUCUAGUUGGUGUAAAUGGAGUAGGUAAAUCAACAACUUUAUCUAAGCUUUGUUUGUGGUUGUUAAAGAAUAACUUUAGAGUUUGUGUAGCGGCUUGUGAUGGGUUCCGUAGUGGAGCGAUUGAGCAAUUGCGUAAAUAUGUUGAUAGAUACAAGACUAGAGGUCAUGCUAUUUCUCUUUUUGAACGUGGUUAUGGGAAGGACGAGUCAAAUAUUGCUAAUCAGGCGAUUAGAUUUGGAAAUGAGAAUAAUUUUGAUGUCGUGCUAAUUGAUACGUGUGGGCGUAUGCCGAGUAAUCAGAGUUCAAUGACUUCUCUUUCUAAAAUGAUUCGAGUUAAUCGGCCUAAUAAGGUGCUUUAUAUUGGUGAGGCUUUAGUGGGUUCAGACUCGAUUGAGCAAGUUCGUACUUUUAAUGCUUAUGUGGAGAAAGCUAGUGUUGGUAAGGCUAUUGAUGGGAUUGUGGUUACUAAAUGUGACACGGUGGAUGAGAAAGUUGGCACAAUAAUAAGUUUGGCCCAUACAGUACACAGACCGGUCGUUUUUAUUGGAGUGGGCCAGAAGAAUGUUGAUUUGUUGCCCUUUAGUCUUGAUGGCUUAUGCACAGCCCUUUAUAUGUAA